AUGUGUGAAAGUUUAACAUUAAAGAUCAUGAACGGAUUCUUCCCACAUAAAGAGGUACACAAGUUUACAUGGGUCCAAAGAACAAGAAGGCUUAGCUCUAUAAUUGACUAUAUGAUCCUGCGACAAAAUUCAAUUUUAAAAACCAAUGAUGUUAGGGUAUAUCGUGGCAUAGAGUGCGGUUCUGACCAUUAUCUGUUGAUGGCCAAAGUGGUAAUUAAGUACAGGAGCUCACAAAAGGAGAGAGAAGAGCACAAGGGCAACCAAGGAAAGGUAGAUUCGGUUAAUUACAACUUGGAUAGUCUCAGACAUGAAUCAGUACAAUUUCUUUAUAAACUUAGACUGGCUUCAAAAUUACAAAAUAUACAAAUGGAACAAAUUAAUACCGAAGAGUUAUAUAAAACCAUUAAAGACUCUAUACAUCAAGCAGCCGAAGAAGCUUUAGGACAUCAAAAAUAUCGAUGUACACAAAAUCCGGAAUGGUGGUCUGAGGAAUUGGAAGAGGUUACAAAAAAUAAAAAGAAAGCUUAUCAGAAGUGGCUACUUACAGAAAACUCUGAGGAUCAGAUAGCAUACAAACGUUGUAAUAUAGAAGUUAAAAGAAUUGUACGCGAAAAGAAAAAUGAAAGUUGGGACAGGAAAUGCGAACACAUCGAAAGGUAUAUGGGCGGAUCAAAAGUAUCAGAGGCGUGGAAAGCAAUUAAAAAUAUUCGACGAGAAAAUAAGCGAUCUGCUCAUAUAGAUAUGAUAAAUAUGGAAAAAUGGCAAGAAUAUUAUAAGAUCUUACUCACAGAAGAUUGA